CAGAGACCCAGAGACGCAGAGACGGAUGAGAGGUCAGGCGCGAGAGUGGCCAGAGAGGCGGCGGUGGCAGAGCUGGUGUGGGCGGGCGGGUGGCGAGCCAGCGAGUGUGAGUGAGUGCGAGUGAGUGGGAGCAGUGGGGAGGGAGGCUGGGGGCGCCGUGGGUAGUGAUAGAGGCACAGAGCACAGAGCGAGGAGGCGGCUGCGGGAGGAGAGGCUGGGAGGAAGGGUCGGCUGGACGUGGGUGGAGAGGGUGGCGGGUGGCAGGACGGGUAGGCCCGGGGGAACGCCCACCCCACUGACCCCUGUCUGUCUCUCCUGCCUACCCCCGCCUGUCCCGUGUGUCUGUCCCAGCCUCUCUGCAGGGCUGGCUCCACCAUGGACUGUAGCUGCGUCUCCGACCUUCUCUUCGCCCCGCCCGCCCUGCCGGCUCUCUGGACCCCCGGGUUUGCCUUCCCGGACUGGGCCUACAAGCCGGAGUCGUCCCCUGGCUCAAGGCAGAUCCAGCUGUGGCACUUUAUCCUAGAGCUGCUGCAGAAGGAGGAGUACCAGGGGGUCAUCGCCUGGCAGGGGGACUACGGGGAAUUCGUCAUCAAGGACCCCGACGAGGUGGCUCGGCUCUGGGGCAUCCGCAAGUGCAAGCCCCACAUGAAUUAUGACAAGCUGAGCCGGGCCCUGCGCUACUACUACAACAAGCGGAUUCUCCAUAAGACCAAAGGGAAGAGGUUCACCUACAAGUUCAACUUCAGCAAAGUCGUGCUUGUCAAUUACCCACUGUUGGAUGUGGCAGCAGCCACCACGGGCUCCCCACUGUUGCUGACCCCUGGUCCCUUUGGGGGCACCCCUGGGCCAGAUGCUCCUCCCCUUAGCCCUGAGACCCUGCAGACCCUGUUCUCGGCCCCUCGCCUGGGAGAGCCAGGGGCCCGGGCGCCCCUGUUCACCCCUGAGACAGACAAGCUGCGUCUGGACAGCCCUUUCCCAUUCCUGGGCUCCGGUGCCACCGGCUAUUCCAAGCCCCCCGGCCUGCUGGGUCCUUACAGCCGCGCCUUCCCAGACUACCCCUGGAACUUUAACCCGUACCUCACCGGCCCCUUCCCCAAGCUGCCCCCGUCUCUGUACCCCCCGCACUUCUACCCCAACCCUCUGGCCAGUUCUCUGGGCCACCUGCCCUCAGCAGGGGCAGGGGGAGGCCCUACAGCUUCACCCCUACUGGCAGCAGCCGGGGAGGGCCUGGGCCCCGAGCGCCCCUCGGGCCUGGCAGCAGCCCCUCGCCUGGCACUGCCGGGAGCUGGGGGUCCAGAGGCUGUGCUCGGCGGGAAGGACGACAGUGACUCGGAGCUGGAGAUCACAGACGUCAGUGGCUGCAGCUCUGACAGCGAGGGCGACGAGGGCCUCCCUGUGCCUCCCAAGGCCAAGGCGAGCAAAGGGGGGAUCAGCAGCUGAACCGGUGUGGGGUGAAGGGUUCUGCCAGGGUGAGGAUGGGGGCAGCCACUCGUGCAGCAGCCUCUGCCAUGGCCGGGUCUGCCCUCGAUGUCCUGCCCGAGGCCAGGGACCAGCCCUUGACCCCUUUCAGGACCAGGCACCUGGCUGCCCACCUUCCCUAACCCCAGGUUGGGGGUCUCACCUCCCCCCUCUAGAGGGGGAGGGAAUGUGAUAGCCUCCAGCCUCCUUCCCAGGCUCCAGUUUGAGGGGGGUCCCCACCUGGCCCCACUCCCAAAGUGCAAUAUGGCGCCCAGCCUCUC